AUUUUUCAAUUAGAUUGUCUUAGAAUGGAGUCGUUUUCGACAUUUUUUGAGGUUUCUCACGGGAUUAUUGCGUUACACAGAAUUAGGUGAAGAGGUUUUAACAAUUUAGGUCUAAUAUAUUUGAUAUUUAACUGUUAAGAAUUCAUUUCGUCCUCAAAACGUUGAAAAUUUUUCAAGAAAAUCAGGCCGGCGUCCGACCAGCUAGCUGUACCAGCUGAUACAAGACGGUAUGAAAAGAACACACGAUAACCAGCCGAAGUUGUACCAGUUUAGAAAUUGUCGACUUUUGAGAGACAGUAAGAUAAUUACAGACGAUCUCUGGGUUCGAGAUGGAAAGAUUAUUGAUCCUCGAAUAAUUUUCUGGGAAGAACAGGUCAAAGCAGAUGUACAGAUUGACUGCAAUAAUGUGAUCAUCUGUCCCGGAUUUAUUGAUGUGCAAAUAAAUGGUAAGUGUGCUUUAAAGUGAGGGAUGCUUAACUUAGGUAAGAGACAAGACGCCAAAUCUAAGGUUUUAAUCUAGACAGUUUCUACUGUUGAACCCCACCCCUCACUGGCCACAUUUUUCUUUGUAAAGUUUCACCAUUGUCAGAGUUGGACAAGGGGGAUAGUGGUAUACAAGUAUACCAAAUUGUCUAGUUCAUACUAAAAGAGAAUUUUUUAUACAGCUGCAUAACGUUUUACACAGUCUUAAACAUCUGGAAAGAUAUAUUAGAAAAACAAUGUUGAGGAGUUUGGGAUAAUGCAUCAAUCAAUUCCAGCUGUGCCCGGACCCCCCCCCCUUUGGUUACUGUGGGGCAUUUGCACACCCUGUCAGUCCCGGGGGUGGGACAUUUGCAAAUUUUACGCUGCCUGGGGGCCGGUCAUUUGCCAAUGCCGGGGCCAACCCUGACCUUUUGACAUGCACAUAGUUUCCUAUCAGAAUAUAACUACACAGAGGAUUUUACUUGAAAAACAAGCAGAUUGGCUCAUUUGUCAAGGAUGGGAAAAAACUGAAGAGGAUUGGAAAAAAAAAUCUCACAUUAAAAUGCUUAAAAUGGAACUACUCGACUGUGCGAUCAAUGAAAAAUGUUGUAGUGUUGAUGGAGGACAGGGCAUUUGCCCUCGUUUCUUUCUCACCCCGGGGGAUUUGACAGCUCAAGAGUCCCCACCCUGGGAAUUUGAAUGCCCAGGGGUCAGCCUGGGGGGGGGGGGGGUCGGGGUGCUGCUGGCCGCAGCUGGAAUUGACUGAUGGAUAACAUUUUCUCAUAGGGGUGUUAAAAUGUCAUUGAGUGCCUGUUAACAGCUACAUAGACUCAACUCUUGUACAUGUAAAGAGCCAUAGGGUUGUUCUAAAUGCAUAUGGGGUAUGGAAGGGGAUGGGGUCCUUAUCCCGCAUUUUUCAAAAUGAAAUCCCACAUACCACCCUUUUUUCAUUGCUUUCCCAAGUCCUGAAUUGCUGCAUUAAGUAUCAAGUCAUCAACUGGUUUGCUAUUGCUGCACCAUGUGUACAUUCCUGGUGUAUGUUCUAUCCGCUCCUCUGUUGAUUCAUCUUUGGAGACCUAGGGGCAGUUAAUUGGGUCAGAAUAAACAGCUGUGAUGCUGCUCUUAUCGAACUAGUUCCAUGACUCAUUCAAAUGCUUGUCUCUGACUGGGCCCAAAAAAUAUUUUUGUGUUCAAUCAGAAGCCAGCUUCUAUCUUGUUUUCUUGAUCUUCUUAUAUGAAGAAGUUUCCCUGCAACUUCAACCAUUUGCUGGACAUGUCUGGCUUGUGCAGAGAGCUGUCUUCAAGAAGAGUUUUCAGUGAAAAUGGGGCCCACAAAACUAAAGAAAUUCUAUAAUUGGUAUAUUUUCCACUUAAACUCAUACAUUUAUUAUGCAUGCAGUAAGUUUGUACCAUUUCACACAAACAUGUACGGUUGAUAAGAAUAGAGUGAAAACAUGCAUGCAUGCAUGCAUAAUAUUAAUGUAUGGGGUUAUACGGAAAUCUCACCCCAUGGAUUAGCAUGCCUACAAAAAAAAAUGAAAUGAUAAAUGCACCAAUUAAAGAAAUCAGAAAGUGCGCUGAUCAAGAGGUAAAUUCGUAAACACCAGAGUACUUCUAGGCUUGUUCAUGUGAAAUCUUUUGCGUUGUUGUUUAUGCCUGUUCGGCAUUCCUGUCGGGUAUACGUGCAGGAGAAAUUUUUUCGCCCUUUUGAGUUUGUAAGUUUGUUAAAUUUUUCUCCUUAAUGAUUAAGAGGAAGGAAUGAAACUGGUAGAGUAAACUUUGGGGCUCGCUGAAAAACUGAAAACUCUUCUCGAAGAAAGCUCUCCUGCAGGUAACAGACAGGUGCGGGGGACAGUUGACUUGUUGCUUGGAGGUAAACUACUUCUUGUAAGAAAGAAAGCAGCAAAAUAGAAGCUGGCCUCUGAUUGAGGACAAAAAAUAAUCAGAGACAAGCAUUCAAAUCAGUCAUGGAACUAGUUCGAUAAGAGUAGCAUCCCAGGGGUUUUCUGACCAGUUCUGUCAAAACUUUCGCCUCUGUUUAUUCUACCCAAUUGGCUGCCCCUGGGUCUCUGAAGAUGGAUUGAUUACUUGACAGUUUAAAUUAGAGAAUCAUAACCAGGCGGCUCUAUCGCGUGCUUUCAUAGGAGACACUAAAGAAUGCUUGCCUUGUUGAUUCGCAUUUGCUGCAAAAAAGUAUAUUUGAUACAUAAUGAUUUCCUGAAUUGCUGGCAGACAGGCAAAAAAACUACCCUGUUCCCAGGGUUCUCUCCUACCCAUCCCCACGGAGUGAGAGAUAGAGGGGUAGGAGAGAGAACCUGGGGACAAGGUUGGCAAAAAAAUUCCACAUCUUGCAUCCAAAUUUUGGUGAAUCCUGCUUCCCAGGUAUCAGCCAAAUCCUGUUUCCUUUCAAGAUAUUUUGGGCCAGUUAUAAAUUUAAAUGGAGUUUAACCAGUGUUUAACAAAACCGCAUUCUAAGCCAUUUUCAGUUUGCCAAACACUUUAAUGUAAACACGAUUUAUCAUGAACAUUUUCAUGAAAACAUUGGCGCAGACUAGAAAAGCAUUUGUCUUCUUACAAUAACCCACUUAGGAAAAGAUCUGGCAGUCCAAAGAUUGGCUAAACCACAGCCUAACACCUGACCCUUUGUGUUUUCCCUAAUCCUGCACCAUUUUUUGGUCAAAAAAUACCCUUCCAGACCCUGUGAAAAUGUCAUGCACCAGGCAGCUAGGUUGGUGUACCAAAACAAUGAAUCCAGUCAUGUUUGCUGUAACAUGAAAACUAGGCUGGGCGGGGCUCCUUAAAAUAUUGUGGCCUCAAGUGAAAUUUCCAGGAAGGUGGGGGUCCAAUUACCCAAUAAACUCUCUGUUGAAGCAGUAUAGCAGUAUAGAUAUUUUCAGAACCAUUACACAAUGUGUAAUUUUCUUUCACACUUCCAGGUGGAUUUGGUGUGGAUUUCUCAUCUGAUACUGACAAAUUAGAAGAAGGCUUAGUAACUGUAGCAAAAGGUUUGUUACAACAUGGAGUGACAUCUUUCUGCCCCACAAUUGUAACAUCAACACAGCAAAGUUACAAUGAGGUAACAGUUUGUUAUAUUUAAGUUCAUUAUUAACAUCUUAACUAGCUUUAAUAAGCCAAAUUCUGGUUGGUUUUUAGAUUUUAAAGACGGUCAAAAGAACUCCUGGUGGAGAGAAUGGAGCAGAAAUUCUAGGUAAAUUAUGGCUUUAUAAAACAUUGUUUUAUUGGGGUCCAAAAGUGGAUUAAGUACUCCUGGAAAAUUCAGUGGGUAGGCAGGGAUAUAUAUAUAUAGCUGUCUGACUUUAUAAAGGUAAUCUUACCGGUAUUUGUACCUGAAACAAAUGUUGAAAAUAAACAGAAAAAGUAGAAAAACAAAGCAUCAGUGAAAGUCAACAGAAGGUAAUUAAGUAAGGGAUAGCUUAGGAAACUGGUAUAACACAAUGCCCAGGUAACUCGUCUUAAACUUCAGAUUAUUUUUCAAUACAAAAGGCAGUGUUUUUUUCUGAUUUUUUCACACUUGAAAGAUAUGUUAAAUUACUGUUGCCAAGUUGUAAGUCCUAUAAAAUAAACAAUCCAAGUUAAUUGAUUUAAUUUUAAUUACCUCUCAGUAUACUAAUAAUAGUCACCUGUGCAAAAAUGAUUUGGGACCCCUGGAAAAUUUGUAGAACACCUUGAAAGCAUUACUCUAAGUGUUAAAACCAUACCCUUUGACAGUACACAUACCUAAUAGCUUAUUUAAUGUAGUACUGCAUCACCUGUUCCUUGAGUGCUUUUUAUCUAUGGUUUGAUCCCAAAGGCUAAACCACUCACUACAUGCGUAAACUGGGAAUAACGGAGGAUAAAGGUGCUCACCCUUGCUCUGCAAAUGGCUGGUACAGUGGACCCUUGAUAAAAUGAAGGGCCAAGGGACUGGCAAAAUUUGUUCGCUAUAACGAGGUUUCGUUAUAUUGAGCUUUUGUUUAGUAUAUUUUGUUAUUACUGAGAUAAUGAAAAUCGUUUGUUAUACGCGGAGGACUUUGUUAUAUGGACUUUGGGUGGCUUGGGGGCAAUGCUGUAGUUCUAGGUAUACAGUAGUAAUGCAAUGUUUAUACAGAGUUUGAAAAAAAAAGAAAAUGAAAUUUAAAAUAUUAAGAAUAAAACUGAACCACCAACAAUAAACACUUACAAAAUGAUGGUCCAGCCCUCCAGCAGGGGAUAUAAAUAAAAGCUUUUUAACACAAAUCCUUUUAAAUCUUUUUUCUUUUAAAUUUGUAUGCCAAGGCUAGGAUGCGGUUCAAAUGCAAAUUACACACAUUUAUUUAAUAUUUAGACAGCGUAGUAGGCACUUAUUCUUAAGGAAAUAACAGGGUUGUCAGAAAGUUUGAAGUAGAUGGCUGAGUUGUCAAAGUAUACGUAAGCAGCCAGCACUAGAGUUGCUGCUGAGCACCGAAGGCGCAAGCCUCUUGCAUUGGGGGGUCUGGGGGCAUUCUCCCGCAGAAAAUUUUCAUAUUUAGAUGCUCUGAAAUGCUGUUUUCUGCGCUCUCUAGGCUAUUUUCUCUCCAAAAUUACUGAAAACCCGGAGAAUAAACUAUGCUCUUUAUCUUCCAAUCUUGUUGGUGAACUGUGAUAAUUCAUUUAAAAAGCGCUAUCCAUAAAGAAAUGCCAAGUAGAGUAACCGGCCGAUACUAAUUAAUUAGGCAGCGAUUUUUGUCGGCUGCCCGGCUACUUUUGACAACCCUGAAUAACGGACUCAAGAAAGAAUGUGAGGGUGCGAGGGACCCUCUUGUGCACUUGUUCUUUCUUGUGCCCAUUAUUUUCUAGUGCCUACUAUGCAGGCUAUCAGUACUGUUAUUCAAUUGUCUGAUUGUUGUUUGUUUGUUAACCCAGGUGCUCACUUGGAAGGACCAUUUCUUAAUCCUGACAUGAAAGGUGCUCACAAGGCACAUCUUAUGAGACAGAUAAGCACCAAAGGGGCUCAAGAAAUGGAAGAUUUUUAUGGAACAUUAGAUCAUGUCAGCAUUGUAACUCUUGCCCCAGAAUUAGCAGGAGAAAAUAUGGAGUCGAUUAAACAGCUGGUGCAGAGGAAUAUUGUGGUGUCUAUAGGUAAGUAAAGACUUUUACUAAUAACACUCAAAGUACAAGACCUGCCUCUUGCUCUUCAAGGUUUUUUCCAUGUAGUACUCCAUGUACUCCAGCAACACUGCUGCUGCUGAGCAGGGACUGCAAAGAAAGUCAGUUUUACAGCCCGCCAUUUGGCAGUGAUGCCAACUCUCCCACUUUUGGCGGGAGACUUGCGCUUUUUUGCCUUGUCUCCCGCUCUCCCGCUUUGGUACAUUAAGUCUCCCGCUUUUUAUGUCCAGUAUAAAUAUUGAAUGUACUUAGUAAAAAAUAGAACAGACUUGGUGUGAGAUUUAGCCCAUUUUUAGCUUAAAACUUGAAUUUUUCUAAUUCGUGGUACGGUUUCUGGGGCAUUUUUGCACGUAUUUAGUCAUUGACAAAGAUUAUUUCUAGCAUCAAAACGAUGAUUUUGAAUUUUGAUAGUAUGUCCAUCAUGUAAGACGUCAUAUAAUGUCCUAAGUCAUUCCCGGCUGGGUUCAAUUUUUCGGGGGGUAGUGAAAAAAAAGACAGUCUCCUGAUUUUAGGUCUCCAGAGGUUGGCAUCUCUGAUUUGGGCAAGCUGUAGCUAGCAUGUACUAGCCCACAAGUCAUUUCAACUAGCUCCCAGCCCUUUUUGAUUAGCAAGAUUGAUUACAAUCCUUUUGUAUUUUGAAUUUCCCCCUGAAAAACAGCACUAAUGCCUGUCGGGCAAGUUAAGAGCAAAAAUCACUAGCCCGAUACGAAAAUCCACUAGCCCUAGGCUAUUGGACAUGACUUUCUUUGCACGCUGGUCCACAAAGCCAACAUUUCUAUUCCAGUUCAAUCAGGAACGGUAGACAGAAUUGCUAUGUAGAUGUGUUACUUCUAACUCAUAAGCUUAUAAUUAUUUAUUUAUAUAUUUAUUUUAAUUCCUUAGGUAGACCCUAGUGAGGGAUUAAAAAAUUGUUAAUUUAUAGAGAUGAAAAUCUCACAGUGAUGCAAAGGGAAUUUGUGCAUAUUUAAUUUUUUCCAUGUGGUUGCAAUGCUCACACACUUGGAGACCAAAUACAGGGUUUGUACAGAGGUCAUGGAAAACCUGGAAAGUCAUGGAAUUUAAAAAUUUCAUUUUCCAGGCCUGGAAAGUCAUGGAAUUUAAUUGUCGAUCCUUGAAAGUCAUAGAAAAUAAUUCUGAUUAAAGUAAUUGUUUGAUAGAUUACUUACCGCAGAUGAAAAGGCGAGGAACAUGUAGUUAUAAGAUAGAGAGGAGUAAUUAAAUACAAACCGCACACAUUUUUGGUGGAUGCCAGAGUUUGUGUCUGUUGAACUGUUCAAGGUCAAGAAAUACUGUAAAACAAGAAAAGUUUUUGAAUUUUUGAAACUGACAGCUAAACCUAAGGUCUUGGAAAACUUGAAAAGGUCAUGGAAAGUCAUGGAAAGUCAUGAAAUUUUGAAGAGCUUAAAAGAGUACAAACCCUGCUAAUAUCGCAGGUAUUCCAUCAUUCCAGGUAAUGACUCAAGCAUUUUUCAAAGUCUCACUUGAAUAACUUCCUUUUAUGUCUGUCUCAACUCUCACCUUACCAACUGGAAAUAAUGAAAUAAUGUGAAACAAUCAGUAACUGAUAAUUAUCAACAAAUUACUUCUUAUAUUACAGGUCACUCAGCAGCAAAUGAGGAAAUUGCAGAGCAAGCUGCUAAAAAAGGUGCCACAUUCAUCACCCAUCUGUUUAAUGCCAUGUUACCAGUAAGUUGUAUGUUUGUAAAUAUUUUUAAGUGACGGUUAAGGCUCUUGUAAACAACCACCUCAGGAACUCAAAAGGGUACACACAUGGUCUCAACUUUAGAACUUACAUGGUCGGGCUACUUCUUACUGACUGACAUGAUAAAUGUCAGAAAAGCCUGUCAUAAUUAUGUGUUGUUGGCAUUUGCCACUUUAAAAACAAGAGGGAAUUGGAGCCGAAAUGCUCCCUGAAUAAUAUUGUUUCUGUGAUAGUUACUGGGGUUAUGUGAGUGACCUGUUGGCCAGUUUUUCUCCCUGUCCCAAGUAACAGUCCCAAACGUCUUUGUGAAAGUUUACUAAGGCCAGUGUCCUUGUUACCAAAGUGGGAAAAAUUGUCCCUCUUAGGCCUGUUUCAAACGUUGUGCUACUGCUGUGCUAAGCUGGCUCGACUGCAGCAUGACACUAUAGCAUGACUUGCUUGGUUUCAGACGUCAAAUUUAAUUCACACAAUGAGAGUCGAAUGGAACUGCUGUUGCCAAAAACAAACACAAAAAUAAAGAAACGGUUUAGCAAACUUUUAAAUAUAUUCUAUAAAUCUAAUGUAUUAUUUUAUUAUUAAAUUUAUGAAUUGAGUUCAGCACAGCGUUAGCACGACGUUUGAAACCAAGUCGAGCUACAGCCGUGUAGCAUGCCAAGGCUUGCCGUGCUAAAGGCGAAUUUAAUUCAAUCAAUUGAGUUCGGCACGGCAGUAGCAUGAUGUUUGAAUCGGGCCUUAUAUAUUAUUGCUUAACACUCACAAAGAUCACAUCUGCACAAGGGAAUCAAUGUACCAAUGGUACAUAAUACUCUUAAUUCGAUCAAGAAGUGAAAAUUCAGGUGCUGACUGAGUGAGGUUGGUGCUUUUAAGAACUUAAAAACAAAGGAAAAGACCAGCUGGGUAAUUCAAAAAAGCAGUUCCAGUUGCUGAAAGGAGUGAUUGCUUAUAAGACAGCUCUUCAUUACAGAGUUUAAGUGACAGUUCAAAGGGGGGGGGGACAGGGGGGUGACAACCUCCCGCUUCCCGUACCCCGUUCUCCCGCCUCCCGUACCUUUUUGUUCCUUUGUCUCCCGACUCCCGCCCUUUAUUGUAUUUUUCCCGUCAUCAUGUAAAUUAUAAAGAUCAGAAGCCCGGGAUUAGUGUUAAAGCUGUAGGGUAAUUUGCCAAAGAUGAAAAUUGUUACAAGUCAGUUUUCUUAGUUAAACUAAGUUUUCACUAACCUGGUUAUCUAGGUUUGACCACCGCUUCUGACAUCCCACUACAGCGACAAUAGUCUCAGUCCACUGUGCAGUGUAAUAGCUAUUGCAGUCAUCAAAGAUGCAUUAACAUGCAUUUAGGAAUCCCAAAAUUACGGGGAUCAUGCCAAAAUGAAGUCGAAGGGCCAAACGUUACGGUAGAGUUCAGUACUCCUGUCUAGUUCCCAGCGUCUAAUUGUACUAAUUGCAUAUCCACCGCGGUUAGUUUUCGUUAUUUUUCGUAAGAAGUCGUAAGCUAUAAAAACUGACUUCAACGAGACAAUAUAUGCAUGUUCGUUAACCGUUUGCAUUUUAAAGCGUUCAGUUUAGUGCUGGUGGAGUAUUAUUGUUAUCUGGUUAUCAAAUCUCAAACCUAUUCAUAUUUGCUCGAGAAGUUGUAUCUUUCAUCAAACAUCGGCGGGGAGGUUUAACGGUUAUACAUACAUUUUUACAUCGGAAUGAUGCAUCUAUGUCCGAUUUUAACAAGAAGCAUUUGAAGAAACGAAUGCUCUGCUCUUAUUGGCUUAUUACAAGUUAAAUAACAGGACAGGGAACAGGUUGCAAUAUGUGUAAAAAGUGCCCGUAUUUUGCUACAGUAAACAAACUAGAAAAAGUCUUCCAUGCGCCGAGGAGGUCGCACUGAUCUCCUCCUACUCCAAAUGUUAGUUAGAGCAGUAAAGUCUGCCUCCUCUUCCUCCGAGUCGAGGGAACGUUUCUAAAAUUACAGUGCAAAGUGCUAGGAAAUGACACCUACCGUGCAGUUCGUAAUCUUUUGUUAUUACUUUUUCUUUGUUAUCUAUGAAGUCCAACCGGACAGCGUCCCACGCUGUUUGACUUCCUAUUCUAAUAGGCAGUGCUUUGGCCUUAUCCAAAACACAAAAUUGCGUUGUAUAUCUAACCACUCCGCACUCUCCAGCGCGAUCAGUGAAUUUGCAUUCCCUGGACACAAGUUUGCACCAUGCCGUAAAAUCUUUAGUGUUUUGCAAACUACAAUAGUACGGAGCGAGUUCCCAGGAAGGUCUUCCAUGUACAGAUUUUUCCACACCACACCGAAAAAUACUUAGACCGAUUAAAAUGGUCUUUGACGACAUUUUAUGCACCUAUCAAUGUAAUGCCGGCGGGGGGGGGAGGCAGGGCAUAGGGUGGGGAUUUGACUUUUUUCAAAAAUUUGCAAUCAAAUUCCCUGCCCACGGGCAAAUCAUUCCAGUCAAAUGCAACCAAAUUUCCCCACCCCAGGCUGCACAUUGCUGUCAGUCCCAAGGCAGAACCUAAGAAAGGCACAAUAAAAAUAUCUCCAAAUAAAACUCUGCAAUCUUUUAUAAACGUUGCUGCAUCACCAAAGAUACAUGUUCCUGUUACAGCUGCAAUUAUACGUUUUAACCAUAAUCCGUGUCACACUGGGUAGAAUACAUAAACCUUUAGGAGAAAGUCCACAUUUUGUAAGUCUAGAUAUACCGUUCUUAGUAAAGGGUACAAACAAAGUCAGUUUUAUCAGUGAUUGUAGCGAACGAGCCAUACACUAAUCAACUGUACUUGCAAAAAUCCGCUCGGUUUCUCUUUACUUCCGUUUACUUUGAUACCACAUUAUAUUAACAGGUUCAAUUGAUCAAAAACACCCUAAAACUAACGAAAUUUGAAGACCAAACAGUGAAGUCCACUCAGCCUUCGCUUGCUCUCAUUAGCCUCCAUGACUUCCUGAUCUUUUCAAACCGUAUGGCGCGUGCGUGAAGCGUAGAAGCGGGAAACACAUGUUCGGUCUCAGUCUUUUUCGUGCGAGUCGGCAGUCAAAUAUCUCCACGUCGGGCGAAGAAAGAUUCAAAUAUCCCCUCCCCUGGGAGAACAAGAUCAGUCAAAUGCCCUACCCCAGGGACAACAAAGACAAUCAAAUCCCCACCCUAUGCCCUGCCCCCCCUCGGCCUUACAUUGAUAGGUGCAUUACCUGCGAGACAGGUCAAACAGACGAGACACUGACACGACUUACACAGUCGACACACGUGUACAUGUGUCACGCCACCUCAUUCAUGAGGACUCGUGACCUAUGAUGUAACCGACUUGGAAAGGUUUCCAAUUUCACCAGAAGUAAUGCUCUUUUUUCAAUCCCGAGUGCGAAUUUAUGUUUUUUGACUUUUCUCACAUUAAAAUUUUGAUUUAGGGCCUCGGAGAACGUUAAAUGGAAGUCAAGAAACGUUGUUGAGUUCGUUUCUUUGACUGGAUGAUGAGCAGUAACAGUUAACGAAAGCUUGCCUUUUGGAAUUUCUCUCCCGCUUCCCGCCAUCAUAGAGAUCCCGCUUCCCGCCCUUUCUUCUCCCGUCUCCCGUACCCCUCCCGCCCCCUGUUCUCCCGGGCUCCCGCCCCCCUGUCCCCCUCCACUUCAAACGUGGGUUCAACACUGGUCACAACUGACUGAAGCUGGUUGUUUAUAUGAAAGCAGUCGUAAGGAGAUAUAGCAAAAUUUAACUGUGCAGUGUCAUCAGUGCUUUGGAUCCAUAAGAUAUAAUAUACUUACAUGCCACAAGGCUAAAAAAAAGAACUUCAAAUCCAGCUUGUUCUUUGGAAAAGCAACUCUCAGCCCAUUUUUCUGUAAUGCGGUAGGGAGUUGUUUUGUUGACUUUUUAAGACAAAAUAACUCGACUCUACAGUUCUCACAACAGUACUAUAGUGGAAACAUUCAGAUUAUGGGUUUUUGCACAUAUCUAAUGUAGAAAAGUUGUAGCGUGUCUGUAAGUUGGAUUUCAUCCACAGAUUUCAAAGUUUAAGUGAAAAAUAAUCUCACUAAAACUUGGUUUAGGAAUGAGUGGUUUGAGAUACUUGAAAUAAGAAAUAUCUGUUGUAUUUGCUUACAGUUCCAUCACAGAGAUCCAGGGAUUGUAGGACUUCUUACAAGUUAUGACAUUCCUAAACCAAUGUUUUACGGAUUAAUUGCUGAUGGUAUUCACACACACCCAACAGCUACCAGAAUUGCUCACAGGUCACAUCCUACGGGUAGGUGGAGUACGUACUAAUAGAUAGUUGUUUUUGUUUUGUUUUCUUUCUGUCACAAUUGCUAAAAUCAGCACCCUGCUUCAAAUACAUGAAAUAAAUAAAUUUAGCAAGUGAGAGGUGGCAUGUCUGCAUGGCUCUCCCACCAUUUCUUGUGAAAUUGGAAUUUGGAAAUGUUGGUUUAUCAGGAAUGCAGGAAAACCAGUGGACCUUGAGAAAAACCUCUCAAACCCACAUAUGGCAUUGACCCUACCUGAUUUGAACCUGGGCCACGCUGUUGGGAGGCAAGUGUUCUCACCACUGCACCAUCCCUUCCUUUCAAGUGUCCCGCAUCAAACUCUUGCUUGCCUUUGUUCCCCUGAAAUAAUACUAAUGCAGGCUAUUCCAGAGAAGAACCAAGUACCUCCAACCAACACCCACCCCCCGUCACUGAUAAUGUUUUUUUUCAUCGGGCAGUGUGCAAUAUGUUGUAGGUUUAAGGACUAAAUUACAUGUAAAUCCAGAUUACAAUUUCUCAGUCGUGGUAGAUUCUUAAUUUCCCUUUGUAUCCUAGCCCUACUUUCUUCAAUUAGGGAUGGGAGAAAAAAAAAGAGAGUCAACCGAGAGAAUGACCGAUUGGAGGAAAUCAACUGGUCAGAUGUUCAAGAUGUGGUUUUAUCCUUUGAUAAUUAAGUGCUCUGAGUAUAGCGACAGAACUUAAUUGGUUUCAAUCUGAAACUGAAAGCCAAAAGGAGAAUGCACUUUAUUUGAGUUCCUGAAUAGUAUUGAAAGAUACAAUCUCAGUUGUCCUGUUUAAUUUCUCAGUUUUUGCAUAUUAUUUUGUGUUAUGUCAUCUUUAGGCCAAGACUCCGAGGAUUGAGCAAAUUAAGUACCCCCUUGAAAUCAGUGUCCCCUCCUCUCUGUUUAGCUCACCUUCCGCAAAUAAAAACAAAGUGGAUAUUAAGGAAAAGUUUGAAAAUGUAUAAUAACAUGUCAUAAAAAUGUUGGAGAUGCUCUUGAAGAAUAGGUAUCAAUUGAGUGUUAGCUAGUAAUUAUUGCGUGCAUUCCUGUCGUACGAACAUCAAGAAAUUCACAAUUCUUUACCAAGGACCUGGAAUCUGGAACUGUCUUCCUGCAUCUGUUACAAACUUGUCAAGCUUUUCUGUCUUUAAGAACAAAGUGCUAGAGUUUUUAUUAAAAUAGUUACCAAAUUAGUUUAGCCGCACUUCUUCGCAGCCCUUAUUUUCUUAUAAUAUUGUGAUGUCGAGGUGGCCUCUCUUUAUAAGCCUGGUGGUUUCUUGAGCUCUCCUCACCUAUAACAACCUGCUGUAUGCUGUAAAAUUUGCUGUAAAAAAAAAGGCUAUUAAAAAAAAUGAUGAUGAUGAUGAUAGCCUUUGCUCAAAGACUUAAGACUCUCUCUACCCCUCUCUGAACUGCAGGUCUUGUGCUGAUUACAGAUGCCAUUGCAGCCCUUGGUCUCCCCCCAGGUUUACAUAAACUUGGCCCAAUGCAGGUGGAAAUUGACCAUGAAAAGGCCACACUACAAGGAACAAAUACUCUGGCUGGAAGGUUACUAUCUUUGAUAAAUAUAGGAAUCAGCAUAAAAUUAAGGAUGACAAUAAAUUCUGUUUGGAAACUUAAUAGAAAUCUUUACCUAAGUCUCUGUAUAUACUCAAAAGCUCUUGAAUGCUAACCUAAACUACUAACAGAAAAUAAUUAUACACAAUUAUAUCUGCCCUACAUUCUAAUCAUGAUGCAAUCUUGAAACAUGUCUUUUCUUUGAUCCUGUUUAUCAGAAAUUUGCUAUUAUUAUGAGUAAUAGUAGUUAUUAAUAUAUUUUUACUAUAUAUCAUUGUGAUUUUUGCAGUAUUGCCUCCAUGGAUGUCUGCAUUCAGAGAUUUAAGAAAAUGUCAGGUUAGUUUUAACAACUCCCAGCUUAUUUGCCCUACAUUAAGAGGUGUUGUUUUCAUGUACCGGUAGCUUGACCCAGUUUCUAUCUUUGCAAAUACUUUAAUAUGCAGCCUUUUGACAUUUUAAUAAUAAUAGCAUUUAUUUAAAUUUAUACACGACUAAAAACAGCAGAGCUGAUGGGGUCAUGUUAAAAGCCUAAAAGUAUAUAUUAACUUAAUAAGCUGACUUUUCAGUGUCAAAAUCAGUAUGUGGAUGUUUGUCACAUGAAUGACAUUAAUUAUUGCAUUGUAGGGUUGCUUACGUAAGAAGGGAAAAUGAAGUACUGUAUUUCCUCGAAUAAUAGCCGGGGGCGAUUAUUUCUUUUUUCCGCACAAAAUGGGGUGAUUAUUUGCGGGAAGGCAAUUAUUCGAGGGAGGAGAUUAUUUAAAAAGUUGCUCAAUGGAAGUCAUGCCCUAAAUAUUUUGUUUAAUUCUCCCAUUAAAUCAAAAUAUGAUCACAUCAAAUAAACUGAACAUGGGCUUUUUAAGUGUUCCAAGUUUUGUUCGUUGAUUAAUUUUCAGAGCUUGAAUUGUCACUGAUCAGUUUUGCGGAAUGAAAUUGCACUUUAACUUGACAGGGAGGGGAUAAAAUGAAGAGAAGAUGGCCAGAGGGGAGGGGGGGGUUAUUCGAGGGACUCAAUUUUUAUAUAUUUCCUUCAAACGGGGGCAAUUAUUCGAGGGAGACGAUUAAUCAAGGGACGGCUAUUAUUUGAGGAAAUACUGUAAAUCUAAUCCUGUGUUCUUAUUGGUGACCUGAACAGGCAAGAUGGGUCUGUCUUAACUUGCCCACUCAGGAUUUCCUGCAUUGCUCCCACAAGAAAAAUGUAAAAUCCCUUCCCAUAAUAAAUCCUUUAUUGACUUAGCUUGAGGACAAGAUAACUGGAUAUAUAUUUGCCUAAUUUUUUUUUUCAAUAGUUCAUCUCAAGCUUAACUUUGUUAAUGUCAAUAAAAACACACAAAAGAACUAUGAACAAUGUUGUGCCAUUUUGACCUCAGAAGUGGUCAAUAGUAAUGCAUAUUUUUGCUCCAAAGGGUGUCUAGCCUGCGAGCAAGCUCUCCUAUUUGGGUGAGUGAAGUGAGCUGCAUGAGAACAUGUGUACUUUACACAAUAUCCUUCAAGUGGAGAGCUUGCUUGCAGCAGGUUAAGGGGUGUCCAGAAGCUCAGUGUCAACUCCUUUUAAGAGAACUCAAGUUUUUUCCUAGUCGCAUAACAUUGACUGAAAAAAAAUACAAUCAAGUAACACCAUUCCGUGUACUGUUUCUUUUUCAUUUUAGGGUGCACCAUAGUAGAAGCACUUGAAGGAGCCACACUACACCCUGCACAGUUGUUACAAAUUGAACACAGAAAAGGGAUCUUAAAUUACAAUUCUGAUGCAGAUUUAGUGUUUGUAGAUGAUGACCUCAAUGUUCACGCAACUUUUAUAGCUGGUGAACCAGUGUGGUUGAAAAAAGGGGGUCUAGUUACUGGAGAUGUGCAGCUCAAAUAUAACUUGCUCUCUAAGAAAGUUAGAAAACAGAAUUGAAAAUUCAAAAGCAGGUUGGGCUGCAAGUGUUGUUGAUUACUCUGAACAUAGGAUCAGAAGUCACUUUAAAUUUCAUUUCUCUCUUCAAAUGAUUAUAUUCAUAACUAGAGAGAGAAGAAGUGUGUUGUUGUGUUGCCAUGGUAACAACAUUUCUGGAUCUCAGCAAUCUUAAGUAGGUAGCUUUAGAUACCACGGCAAGGAAAAUGUCACUUGAAAAGCGACUUUGCAUUGUUUGAAGCUUUGUCUUGUGUAGGCGUCAUCAUAUGUGCAUGUGAUUGAUAAACCAUGAGUUAGGGUAUUCAUGUUGUAGUCAUAUAGUGUGUGCAAAGAAAUGAACAGAAAAGAGUGCUGCAAAUGCAAAGUUGUUUUUUUGCUUAUCUUAGCCUACUGCUUUUUUUGAGGUUCUCGUUGUUGUCAUCACAGUGAAAUCUUAAAUUCCUGUUAGAAUAUUCAAACAACUUUAGAAUAUUUUAUUGGAGUGGUUUUCUUCCUGAUUAAUCAAUUUUGGGGAAGAAAGAUGUAAUCACUCUGAUCGACAUAGCCACCAUACUUGCAAGACUACAGUUUGUAGAGAUCCAGAAAUUUUGCUACCAUGGCAACACAACCUUAUGGCUUCUCCUCUAUAUUAAUCAUUAUUUUUAGUCUUUCACUGUGAUGUCUUGUCACACUAAUCUUUACACUUUUGAGUUAAUCACAAUUCUUUAUUACAAUAUUUAUUUGAUUUUAAAAGAGAGUAGUUAAAAGAAGUUUAAAUGUAUUUUUGCAAUCAAACCAUAUUUGAAAUAAGGUUAAUGUUUUUCACUGCUGUCAUAACCAACUGUUAAACACUUAAAUAAAAAAAAAAGUUAAUUGAAAAACUAGCAUUUCUUGUUUCUUAUUAAAUUCCCUCAAAGUUUAGGAUGU